AUGAUCCGCCGCAAGCCAACGGCUAUAACGGUGACGUCCGAGGACAUAAUUGCCUUUGAAGAAGCACAGCUCCGCCGUCAACAGGAAAUCAUGAACAGAAAAGCCAACAAGACUGAUUCCACUGGCACCAAGGCUGAGAAUGACGGAAUCGAUCCUAAUGAUGAGCUGAAGCCGUUGCCGGGUGACAAGGCGAGGAUCGUGAGGACUCGAGACGAGAGAAUUGGCGUUGGGCGGUAG